GCCGUUUAAGAUUAUUGGUGGCAGCGACUUUGCUAUAUCGGUGAUUUUGUUUUCCUUCGUGGAGGUAGAAAUAACACAAUUCUUAUUGAACUGAGAAACCUUCUCCACGUAUCGUAAUCUAUAAAAGUAUGCCGAGUUCCCUUGUUAUGAAGAUCAUCUAAACAACCAAACACCUUUGUUCUAGAACGAUGACAGAGACUCCGAGCAAGCAUCAUCCGACAGACUCGGUGUUCAUCGACCCGUUCUACCUCAAGAGUUCAUCCAGCGCUGGUGAAAGAUUCACAAGACUUCGCUUUGCGGAGGUGCCUCAUUAUCUACAGGGUAACCCAUUCAUCCUUCGGGGGUACUUGAGCGACUUGUCCUACAAGAAAUGUAUCAAGAGUACCUUUGUGUGGUCGAAUGAAACGGUGAACGUGUGGAGUCAUCUAGCGGGAUUCCUCAUCUUCUUAGGUCUGACGAUUUAUGACAAUCUCGUCACCAUUCCCAACUUCAAUGGGACACUCAACGACCAUCUCGUCUACACAGUCGGCCUCACAUGCUUUCAGUUUUGUAUGCUGUGUUCUGCUGGGUACCAUGUUUUCAGCUGCCAUUCCGAAGACGCCUACAAACGCUGGUUAGGUCUGGACUUGGCCGGUAUCUCUAUAGGUAUUCUUGGGUGCUACAUCUCUGCUGUGUACUACGCUUUCGGCUGCUACCCGUACUGGAAGAAGAUCCACCUUGCUGUUGUGUGCACCCUUUUAGCGUUGACGAUUGUCGUGCAGUUUCAUCGUCGCUUCUUAACGGCCCGAUGGGCAACAAGGCGAUUGUUGUUGUUCUGUACGUCUGUUGCUUAUGGUGUUGGACCAAUCAUCCACUGGAUAUCACUGCAGGGCGGAUUUCACAAAGAAAUAGUUCAGAUUUUCAUCCCAAAGAUUCUUGUAAUGUACACCAUGGCCUUCUUGGCUCUGUUAUUCUAUGCAACAAAGUUUCCUGAGCGGUGUUUUCCUGGUAAAGUUGACUACAUUGGGUCAAGUCAUCAAUGGUGGCACAUCAUCAUCUUAGGAGCGUUUCUAUGGUGGCAUCACUGCGGGAUCGACCUUGUCCAGUAUCAGACAAAAUACCCUUGCCAAGAAGUUAUGCCCUCUUAAACUUUGUUUAUUCCCUGAUGACGCUGAAGACUUCUUGAAUUCCUGGCAACUUGUUCAAAAAUGUUGGAAAAAACCAAAUUCUUGCAGCGGUUUGUUUGCAGUGGAAUCAUGCAGACUGAAAGGACUUCCUGGAGACUUCCUACAGAAAAUGUAGACUGCCAGUAGACUUCAGGAAACCAGGAGGUUUCCGGCCAACUUCCUGAAGAUUUCCCAUAGGAACUCUAAACUCCCUGCAGACUUCAGGAAACCUGGAGGUUUCCGGCCAACUUCCUGAAGACUUCCUACAGAAAAUGUAGACUGCCAAAAGACUUCAGGAAACCGUCAGAUUUCCGGCCAACUUCCUGAAGAUUUCCCGUAGGAACACUUGACUCUCUGCAGACUUCAGGAAACUCUUUUCCCUCACUGCUGGAAUUACCUCAUCUUAGCCAAGUGUUUCUGGGGGUCACUGUGGGAUCAUACAGACUUUCUUAAAGACUUCCAACAGGCUCUGCCUUCCUGCCAAAUUUCAAAAUGGCAGAAUGUUCAGAAAAAAAGUCUGUUUCCUUAAACCCACCUGGCUGAUCAUGAAAUACAAUUUGAAAUUGUAAUAUUAUAGUCUAUGUCAGCAAACAGUGUAACUGUAAAAUCAAGUUUAUAAUCAGUGUGUCAAUCUAGUGCCUGUUCGAUCAAUCAAUCAAUCAAUCAAUCAAUAGAAUGCCAUCAUUCUAGUUGCUUUUUCCAAACGACUUGAGGUCCAAAGGAAGCUGCUAACUGGCCCAUCCUGUGCGCAGUGUGUGCAUAGAUUUUCUUACAUGGGUUUGUCAUUAUUUUUUGUGAAAAAAACCUCGCAAGUCAGGAUGGACACUUCAAGGUGAGGGCUAUACUUAUCUG